AUGGCCACCGCUAAAGAGCUAAAUGAGUCAGCACAAACACAAAAGCGACGGUACCUCGAAGACCUCUAUGAAGAGGAGCGGGACAGGCGGUCCUGGCAGUUCCCAGAAGACACACCAGCAACGCACACCAACCAGCUGAAGCACGGGGCUUCACCUGGCGAUUUCAUGGUGCUCGGCGGCCAGGGUGUCGUGCGUCCGCUGUACGAGGCGUACGAAUACGCCAGGCUCGAGUACGAGCGUCCAGACCGCCGGCGCCUCUCAUACUGGACCGACGCGUCCUGCAGCCAUGUACAUCCCGACUCUUCAAAACCAGAAAACCGCGAAUGGCGGUGGCACGCGACGGCGGUCGUGGGCCGCGAGGACUUUUGCGCAACCGGCAGCCUGGACUGGACGCACGACACCGGCCUCUACCGCCCUCGUCCGCAGAAGAGCGAGGUGAUGGAGUUCCGCGCGCUCGACGCGGCGCUCGGCCGGGCGAUGCAGAAGCUGCAGCGCGACCACAUCGCGCUUGGCGGCCGCCGCGCUGGAUGGGACACGUUCGCCGCCUUCACCGACAACAUGCACAACAUCAAUAUCAUCGCGCAUUUCCGCCGGCGUGACCGCGAGCACAUGGCCAAGCCUUACGCGCCCGUCAUCCUAUCCAUCCUCGCGAAGGUCCGAUUCCUGGUUCUCCACGGCGUCGGGGUGCAGCUGCACUGGGUGCCGGCUCACGUUGGCAUUGAGGGCAAUCAUCUUGCGGACGCGAAGGCGAGGGAGACUGCGUGGUUUGGGCAGGAGUGGGCGGCUGCUGAUCGUUCCGUGGCUUGGAUCCAGUCCCGGGCGGAUGGCAGCGAGCCCACGGCUGUCAUGCUUGUGUAG